AUGUGCCGGAUUCUCUCUUCUCCGCAGAGCCGAAUGUCGCAUAGUAGCCACCAGCCCGAUGCAGGACCGGAUCACGAGAGUCUUCCACGGACCAUCUCGCCCAGGGUCUACCAGCGCAUCCGUGGUGUUGACCUGGCUCCCGGAAUCGUCCCAACGGCUAACCUGCAUUUUGACACCUCUCAAGAUGCACCUCUAAGCUGCAUCGCCCUAGUGUCGCCCUAUCCCAUCUUUGGAUUCUUCGGCCUAUGUCAGCUAAGACAUGUCGCCCGCUGGAAGCAGUCGAAUCCCCCUCCCUCAGGGUGCCUGAGUACCUAG